AUGUCUCCAACAGCCGCCAAAGAUCCCAAUGCAUUCCCCUACUGGCAACUGACCGUCCUGGCAAUAUGUCGCUUCUCUGAGCCAAUCGCGUUCAAUUCCAUCCUUGCCUACUCCUACCCGCUCGUCGUGGACCUUCAUGAUGGAGACGAGACUGACGCUCCCUUUUACGGUGGACUGCUGGUGUCCGCCUACGCUGUCGCCGAAGCAGUGACGGCUGUCUUCUGGGGAACGCUGUCCGAUCGUUAUGGCCGCAAGCCCAUUGUCCUCGCCGGCCUGGGCGGUGUCGCCAUCUCGUGCCUCAUCCUCGGGUUCGCCAAGAGCUUCUGGGUCGCAUUGCUGGCCCGGCUGAUUGGAGGCGCGCUAAACGGCAAUGUCAGUGUGAUGCAGACCAUGGUCGCCGAGAUGGUCAAGAAGCCUGAGCACGAACCUGCUGCCUACGCCACGCAACCGUUCGUGUGGACACUGGGUGGUAUUCUGGGCUCGGCCAUGGGGGGCUUCCUCGCCCAACCAGCAAAGUUCUACCCACACCUUUUCCCCGAAGACGGCCUGUUUGGGAAAUAUCCCUACCUUCUCCCCAAUCUGGCCUCGGUAAUCAUCAUCCUUCUGGCCAUUCUGCAGGGGAUCAUCUUUUUGGAAGAGACAAACCCCAGCGGCCACUGGUAUCCGGAACAAGACUACAGCGCCAUCGAGGAGGAUGUCGACGAGACCAGCCCUCUACGCGGGCGCAUGGCCAAGACGCCCGCCGUCGCGAGCAGGCCCUCUGUGGACGCUCAGUCCAGGCCAUUGAUUGCUGAGGAAGGCCUCCCCUUGCCCAUCGACCCCAGCUUCGACAUCAGGAGGAGCUCAUUCGGCACGAUGCACAAUAUCGAGAUCCCCCCCGAGGCGAGAUCAUCUGGCCAGUCAACGCCUCGUCCCGGCGCCCCCUACGACGGCCCAGUCUGGAACUACUCCAUCAUCAUGAUCAUCAUCGCCCUCGUGAUCAUCGCCUACCACCAAAUGGGGUUCGGAGCCCUCCUCCCCGUCCACCUCCUCGCACCCCCAAAGCAGCCCGCCGGCCACCUCGACCUGAUUGGCGGCUUCGGCCUCACGCUGCACCAGGUCAGCGUCUACCUGGCCGUCAACGGCGUCAUCAGCCUCUUCAUCCAGGCGCUCAUCUUCCCCAUCUUCGUGGCCAAGGUGGGCGUCUGGCGCUCCUUCGUCAUCACCAUCGUUCUCUACCCGACCGCCUACCUGCUGCUGCCCUUCCUGUCCGUCUCGCCGCACUUCACGUCGGCGGGCAUCUACAUCUCCAUGAUCCUGCAGGCCUUCUACGGCAUCAUUGUCACGCCCACCGCGCUGAUCCUGCUCAAGGACGCGACGCCCUCGACGCAGCUGCUGGGGCGCGUCAACGGCAUGGCCAUGAGCGGGUGCUGCGCCGCGCGGACCAUCUCACCGCCGCUCGUCGGCAUCAUCUACAGCGCCGGCGGAUCUGCCGCGGCGUGGUUCAGCUGUGCCGGUGUCGCGCUCAUUGGAUCGUUGCAGCUUAUCUGGUUCCAGGGGAAGCAUGUCCGUCAUGUUGUGGUUGAGAGUGCGGUGGUUGGCGCGACCAUUGGGAAUACGGAGAGCUCUGCUUAG